AAAGGUUUCUUGGCUUCUAUAAUGUUAGUGAGGAUCGCACUGCUGAGGGUCUCUUCAACACGUUAAAUUCUGUAUUAUUAGAAUUAGAUAUGGAAAAAAAGUUAAUUGGUCAGUGUUAUGAUGGCGCGAGUGUCAUGGCCGGUCAUGUAAAUGGUUUACAAGCCAAAGUUAAAGAGGUUGCUCCUAAUGCGUUAUUUACACACUGCUUAGCGCAUCGUUUGAACUUGGUGUUGCAGCAUGGCUGCAGUGCUAACACAGAGUGUCGUAUUUUUUUUGCAAACAUUACUGGAAUUUCCGCUUUUUUUCAUAAUUCUACCUCGCGUACGAAUGUUGUAGAUGCUAUUGUUGGUAAACGCAUACCGCAAUUUGUUCAGACGAGAUGGGCUUCUCGCUCAAAAAUUUUGAACUUAGUUGUAGACAAGUGGGACGAAUUUAAAACGGUUUUUGAACAUAUUAUAAAAGAUUCAAAUUCAUCAUCUGAAUCGAUUUGUGGUUCAACUGGGCAUUUAAACAAUUUAAAAAAAUUUGACUUCGCUUUUUUAGCUCAAAUAUUUAAUAGUAUAUUUUUACUCACUGACAAUUUGUUUAAUACACUUCAAAAUAAGUCAUUUGAUAUGGAAUAUUGUAUGCGACAAAUAAAUAUAGUCUAUGAUCUCGUUAGUAAAAAAAGAAAUGAAUCUGAGUUUUUAAAACUAUUUAAUAAUGCGAUGGCGUUAACAAAACGCCCUAAGGCAACAAGAAAUAAUUCUAAUUCUGAAUUAAAUUAUAAAUUAUUAUACUAUGAAAUAUUAGACAAUAUUUUACUUCAGAUAACUACGAGGUUUCAAAAUACUGAUAAAUUGAUAUUUUUACAACUGGCUGAUGUUUCAAAAUUUAAAUACUAUUCUACAAAUUUCCCUGCAAAUGCAUUUGAAAAUCUGGGAGAAUCUUAUUCUGACAUAUUUGUUGAUAAUAACAAAUUAAAAGUAGAGUUAGAAGUAUUAUACAGUGAUGAAAAAUAUCAAGAUUUACAUCAUGUUUAUGAUUUAGUAAAAAUAUUUGAGAGUAGUGGAUUAAAAUAUGAACUAAAUCCAAAAUACUUAGUUGGCCAAGCAUAUGAUGUGGCUGCAGUAAUGAGUGGCGUUCAUGGAGGUCUCCAAAAAAAAUUAAUGAUUACUUAA